AUGGGAGGAUCUCAGUUGAAGAGCCUUAAGGCUACAUUGAAGGCCAAAGGUUUAACUGGGCAAACAAACGUGAAAAAGAAUGGGAAAAACAAGAAAGGCCCUAUUGAAUCAAGACGUGAUACCCGACAACAAAUUAUCCAGAAGAUUAGAGAUGAUUUCAAUCCAUUUGAGAAAAAAGUGACGAAAAAUAAAUAUGAUAUCCAAGAAAAAAAGGGGAAAACUCAGGUAGCGAGACCAGGUGUUUCUAAACAAAUUGGUGAAGAUGAAAGAAAGGCUGCGUACGAAUUUCAAAAAUCUAGAAAGAAUAAAGUUGGGUCGUUGAUCGAUAGAAGAUUCGGGGAAAAUAAUCCUGCGUUGAGUAUGGAAGAAAAGAUGUUGGAACGUUUCACAAGGGAAAGACAGAAGACCUCACUGAAGAGAAGUUUGUUCAAUUUGGGUGAUGACGAUGAAGACGAUGAAGACGAUGAGAAUGGAGGAUUCAAAUUGACCCAUUCUGGCCAGUCUUUGGGCGAUAGUUUUCAAGAUAGUGACUUAGGACUUAAAGAUGACAGCGGUAAAAGACUUUAUCAUAAUGAAGGCGAAGAGGUUGAAGAAGAAGAACAGCCAAAGAGAAAGAAGACCAAAGCUGAAGUGAUGAAAGAAGUCAUUGCCAAAUCUAAAUUUUACAAGCAUGAACGUCAAAAGAAGCAAGCCGAAUUGGAAAAUCAAGUUGAAGAACUUAAUGAAGGGUUUGAUGAUGUUAUGUCGGAGUUGAGAUCAGCUGCUAAACAAAAUUCCAAGAAUACCAAUAAGUUCUCUGGGAAAUCUGAACAAGAUAAAGAAUACGGUCAACAAUUUAGAAAACUUACAUUGGAAAGAAGGGCCGUGCCAACCGAAAGAACUAAAACCGAUGAAGAAGUUCAGAAAGAAAAAACCGACAAUCAGAAAAAAUUGGAAGCCGCAAGAGCCGCACGUAUGGAAGGCAUGGAUAGAGAAGAGGUUAUUGGUGAUGAUCUUGACGAUGACCAAUUCUGGGUGCAAAAUAGUGAUGAUGAAGAAAAAGAAGGUAAAGAAGUCGAAGACGAAGAUAAUGCUGAAUUAGAAAAUGAUAAUGACGACGAUGAUGAACAAGAGGAGGUGUCCAACACUAAGAAAUCUUACAAGAAUAAGAGUAUCUCUAGUCUUGUGAAAUGUCCAGAAACUCACGAAGAGUUAUUAGCCAUCAUUGAUGAACCAUCGAAAUCCGCUGACACCGUCAGAAUGAUUCUUGGCAAAUACAAGGCUAACUUGGCCCAAGGUAACAAAGAAAAACUCGCGCAAUUCACUAAAGUGGUCAUUGAGCAUAUUUUGUAUCUUUCAGACAGUGAUUUUGCCAAAAAAGAUUACGAAAAAUAUGUGGAGACCCAGGAACAAUUGAUCAAGAUUGUGAAGAAACUUUCACCAAAGUUUUUCGUUGCCAUCACUGAGGCGUGCCGUGAACAUCUUACAGAUAUCGAAGCCAGAUUUGCGGCUCAUUUGGAAAAUGACAAUGUUGAUUUCUUGAAGGUUUCCGACAUGAUGUUUUAUACCCUUGUAGGUAUUCUAUUCUCCACUUCUGACCACUACCAUUUGGUAGUUACUCCUGCGAUUAUCACUGCUUGUAUGACCAUUAAUCAAAUGAAGUUAGACUCGGCGAAGAAAAUGUUUUAUGGAUUGUUCAUUUCCAAUUUGAUGGUCAGAUACCAAAGAAUUGCUAAAAGAUACAUUCCAGAAGUUUCAGCUUUCUUGGAACAGGCCAUGUGUGUAUUUGCUCGUGAAAUAGAUGUUAGUGUCUUGACGGUUCCUGAAAUAGAGUUCAAGUUGUCAUUGAAGGAUGAUAUUACUGAGUCGGAUAUUAAGCUUGCUCAAGAAAUGUCAAUUAGCCAAUUGAAUGACGAUAAUAUUGAUGCAAACCUUAUGUUGGUGAAGACUAUACAAGUAAUCGAUGAAAAUCUAGAUAUUUGGAAAGGGAAAACUGCGUUUAUUGAAAUCAUUAAACCAUUCAACAUGCUUUUAUCCAAACUCCCAAUAGAAUCCGACUGUGCCCUCGGAACUAAGGCCAAGAACUUAACAGAUAGAAUAAAUAAUGCCAAGAAGUUUGCCGACCACAAGCCAUUAUUAUUACAAAGCCACAAGCCAAUUGCCAUUGCCACUUAUGCUCCUAAAUUCGAAGAGAACUACAACCCAGAGAAGAAAUCUUAUGAUCCAGAUGCCGGCCGUCAAGAAAUCAGCAAACUUAAAGCACAAAUCAAGAAGGAGAAGAAGAUCACGAUCAAGGAGUUGCGUAAAGAUAACAAGUUUGUUGCUAGAGAGAAGAUCAAGGAGACCAAGACCAAAUACGAAGAGUACCACAGAAAGAUGGUAUCUAUUGUUAACUCUAUCAACACUAUUGAAGGUAGUGAAAGAAACCAGUAUGAAAAGGAGAGGAGAAUACGGAAAAGUAAGAAAUAG